UGGGCCCAGUGUCCCAGUGCCUGAGGAGAUGUCUCUGGGUCGGCUCCUGCGGCGUGCCUCCUCCAAGGCCUCCGACCUCCUGACCUUUAACCCUGGGGCGGGGGGCUCAUCCUUGCGCUCGGGCCUGGAUGGCGAGAUCAUCUUCUCCAAAAAUAAUGUUUGUGUGCACCCUGCUGAGCCCCUGCCUGGCCUGGCAGAGCACCACCCAGGCUACCUGUGCGUGCACACGGAGAAGGAUGAGAGCCUGGGCACCACCCUUAUUCUAACCUGGGUGCCCAACUCCCGCAUCCAGAGGCAGGAUGAGGAGGCGCUGCGCUACAUCACGCCAGAGAGCUCCCCAGUGCGCAGGAACACACGCCGCCGAGGCCGACGACCCCACUCGCGUCACCCAGCAGCCCAGGAGGAAGAUGAGGAUGAGGAGAGGAACAUUACCAGCAGCACCUCUGCAGAGAGCCACAGCCUGGUGGGAGAGGCAGGAGCGGAUCCCUCCUCACACCAGCAGCAGCUGCCCUCGGCGGGGGAGGAGGGCGACGAGGGCUCCUGCGAGCUGUCGGACGAAGUGAGUCGAGACAGCACCAUGGGCUCAGACUCGGACACUUUCUCCUCCCCCUUCUGCCUGUCCCCUGUCAGCGAGGCCCUCUGUGAAAGCAGCGGCUCUGUCUUCCUGGACAGUGAGAGCAG